GAAAUGGGCUAUGUACCCACCCGCGCGGAUUGUUUUCACCAUUACGCACGGAGAAACACUUGGAAGAGGAGAACGCGGUUCAGUCAGGAGAGUUAAAACCUCGUUUUUCACACGCACAGGAGGAUGAAAGACAUUUGACUGACAGACUUCAUCUUGAGAGCAGAGCAGAGUCCAGCUGCCAUUCACCCUAACAGGAAUGGUGGAUCACUUACCGGUUGGUGAGGAGACCUUCCUGUACUAUACAAGCUCAUCGGCGUGUGACCCCAGGAGCCUCUGUCGCAAUGCCAGCGAGGUGGUGUCCCGAGGCGUCAUGGUAACUGACGGGUGCAUCUACCACCCCUACCAAGGGGUGUCCUCUUCACCUGGGCUCUCUGAGGACGACCUCAGCAUCUCCUCCAGCCCUCGAUCCUCCCUCUGCUCCAGCCCAGAAUCGCCGUCGCCCAAAUCACACGCUCACGUGAACUCUGGCUAUGAGGUGAGGAGCUCUUCUGGAGGCGAAAGUCAAGACAGCCUGCUUGACCUCCUCCUCUCGCAGGAAAUGACCACGUCAAUGAGCUCCGGCAGUAGCAGCAGCAGCAGCUUGCUCUCCAUACCACCUCCCUCACCUUACACUGCCCCUCUUUUACCUAUGGGCCUCACUUGGGAAUCCAAGAGGGACCAGAGACUGGGCCUUGUGGAGCACCAAGCCAAAGAGGACUAUUGUGAGUUCCCAAUUCUCCUGGAUGAGUUGCAGGAUCCUGCGGCGAUUCUUUUUCAGCCCACUCUGGAAGAGAUUGAGGAGUUUUUGGAGGAGAACAUGGUGGUGGCGAUGGAGAAGGAAGAUGAGGGCAGUGACGAGGCAAUGUCACCAACACCAGAGGACUCAGAGACUGAACGGGUAAAGACAAUAGCUAUAGAUGUCUUGCAGAACACGGAUCAGACUGUACCUGUGGCCCAUUCUCCACUGUCCUCUCACACAAAGACCAAACAGACACGAAAUGCAUUUAACUUGGAUAGUUCAUCAACACUCGAUGUGAGCUGUAUAAGUUCGAGUUCCACUUCCAAUGAAGUCGAUGGAAUCAAAAAGGAAGACUGUGGAUCUCCAUCAGCCUCAGGAAAAAAUACCAGUGCUGCUUCCAGUGUGCCAGUCAUCUUACAGAUCCAGCCCAUCCAGAUCAAACAGGAGCCUUACCCCUCCGCCAUCUCAGAUACUCAGACCCAAGAAGCUCAAUUCCAGAAGUCUCAACCGACACAGGGGGCAUUGGAUAUCAAGAUUGCCCAGCUUCUGGUCAACAUCCAGGGCCAAACCUUUGCCUUAGUGCCUCAGCUGCUUUCACCAGCGAACCUUGCAUUUGGGAACAAAAAUUCAUCUAAAUUCGUACGGAUCGCACCAGUCCCCAUUGCUGCCAAACCCACCGGUCUUGGGGAAGGGAGUGGAGGAACCACAGGGGUUCUCGCUGGAGGGCAAAGGUACCAGAAGAGUGCAGUGGCAGACCUUAUUAAAAUGCACAAGUGCUCUUUUCCGGGCUGUAAUAAGAUGUACACCAAAAGCAGUCACCUUAAAGCUCAUCUGAGGAGGCACACUGGAGAAAAGCCUUUCGCAUGCACAUGGCCUGGUUGUGGAUGGAGGUUCUCGCGAUCCGAUGAGCUGUCCCGACACCGGCGCUCCCACUCCGGAGUAAAACCAUACCAGUGCAUCGUCUGUGAGAAGAAGUUUGCCCGCAGCGAUCACCUGUCAAAACACCUCAAAGUCCACCGCUUUCCACGAAGCAGCAGGACAGGCCGCUCUGCAAACUGACCCCUUGCGCCCCCCCCCUCCCGCUCAGAAAGACUGACGCUAAGCAAGGGGCGGGGACAUGAGGACGUGGGGGAGGAUCCAUGUAGCUUGCACCGGACUUGUGUGUUCAAAAAUGCGUGUGACAUUCGUACUGUGAUCGUUGAAUGGUUGGCCAUGAAAUGACUGUAAAAGGAUAAAAAAAAAUGUUACUUGACACACAACCCUUGUGUGGAAGUGGAAUAAGCUUCUUGUACAGAACAACUUUAUUUUUGUCUCACUCAGUCUUGGGACUAAUUAUAAUUGAAGAUCAAUUUGCUGUUCAGAGUAUUUUUACACUCGCAGGCGUGUAUAUCGUUUAUAUCCAAAAAGCCUUAUAUAAAAGUUGUAUCACUGAGGUUUCUGGUACACGACAAAACCCAAGUGAUUCAUUUUCUUUUUUUUUUUUUUUUACCUUUACGGAGCCAAGUUUUGCCACACAGGAUCAAGAAACACAUGUGUUAUGAUAUUAAUUUAAUAUACUGGACAUUUUAUGGAUUAGCUUUGUGAAUAAUUGUGGCCUUGUUUUAAUUAGUCCCCUGCCAAGUGAAGGGACUACUAUGGUUUUGGUCCUAGUCAAGUUUUUAUUCAGUGCCUCUUAGCAGAGGUGCUGACUUUCAAGUUCGAACAAGUAGGUAAUUGGUUUUGAAUCGUAAUUUCUACUUUUUACAAGUCGCUGCUACUAAGAGGCAGCUUUGAAACAGCCGUCUUCAAACUGGAAUUACUGGUGUUUGUUAAAGCUAGAACUAAACACAUUUAGAAGACUAUACACUUUGACUUAUCUUUAAAGUCCCUGUAAAGUGAAAAAGAGCAUGUGUUUUCUAUUUUGACACGCCAUAGUGAAGUGUUCUUAACAACCCAUCCAAAUUUAAGUGGUUAAAAUAUUCGACAAGCCUAUAAAAUAAAGCUUACAAGGCAUCAAUAAUUAAGUCAUUGUUGCUGCUCUCACAUACCGUGCACUUUUCCACUCAAUUCACUGAAACCAACUGUCAAUCAAACACCAACUCCGUCAAGCAUCUUUCGCGUUUGAGCCGUGCAAAUAUAUAUAUGCUCCACAACUAAGCGUGUACUACCUAGUUCGCAGUCUUUGCACGUUUUCAGCAAUUUUCACACGUGUAUCGUUUAUUUAGAAACAGAUCUCUGAAUUGACUUUACAGGGCCUUUGAGAAAUUAAUGUUUAUGUUUGAGGGAGAAUGUGCAUCAUAGUGACACAUUUUUUUUUUUUUGCCAAUCACAGCUCUCAACCAAUCCUCCUCAAACUGGAAUUCGAGGUCAGUGUCAAAACUAGCAUCUCAACGUUGUUCAAAGAUAUUGAAGAACUGUAUUGAUAUCCCAUUCUAUCUAUUACACAAUUGCCCGAGGUAUAACUGUGCCUUAAUCAGUCACUUCCAAACAUGUUCGGUUUUGGCACAUUCAAUGGAUUGUGUCAUCCACCAGGGCAAUAACCGUUAUGAUUUGAAAGAUCCCAUCCAAAAAGCUGCAGCUCUGCUCUUUCGAAUCAAGGAAGGUUUUGCGGGGUCGACACGCUGCUUCCUUUCUGCUUCUUUUUCCAUACAUGGAGGAGUAAACGCUGCAUUGACAUUCCUUUGAGCGUCGAAUAUGUUGCUCUGUUGAAUGGCGGGAAACCAACAAUUAAAAAAAAAACAUGAUAGAAGAAUAACAUUUCCUGUCAAAAUUGUGACAUUGUGUAAUUUGCAUCGGCAUGCGAUACAUUUCUGGUUGUCUGCCCUCACUGAAUAUUUUGAGAGUUGCCGUGUUGUUGUAUUGUGGUCAAUCUUGACUCAGAUCUGGGCAAUCGUCUCGCAUCUAAUUUUUUGUCACCAGGCAAAUGAAAAUCAAAAGCUGCUCCUGGUUUAUCUUUUUACGAUUCGGGAAACACUUUGUAAUUUUUUUGUGUGACAAGUGAGCUAUUUCGUAAAAACUUCAUGUCAAUCCCAUUGCGUCCUGUCAAACAUGAAAGUAGAAAAUUAAAAAACUUGUCAAUGGAGACAUUUUUCAGUGUGACAAACAAUUUUGAUCUUCUCUGUAAAAAAAAAAAAAAUCACUAACAACAAUCUAAUUUCUUGACAGAUUUAAAAUUUUAUAUUUCAGACAAAAUUAAUGAUUUGUAAUUUUUUGUGGCCUUUUGUUGAGUCUGGUAUCCUAUUAAAUCAUACAAAAUAGCUCCAGACCAUGAAAGAAAAGACCAUUCACAGCUAAAGUUUCACAUUCUUCCUGUUGUUGCUGCUUAUUUAAGACAAGCUGUAUAAUAAUGUAGAUGUUUCUAGGAGGAAUCAUGAGUGGGAGCAGUGAUAAGCUUUUGAAUUCAACCUUGUCUCAAAUAACAUCUUUGCCUUCCUCCCUGCCUCCAUUUUUUAAGAGUGAUUUACUUUUAAACCGCCGUGGUAAAUACUAAAGGACUGUGGACAAUAAUGCAUUUAAAAGUGAUACAGAUUUGGUCAAGAGCGAAAGAGGUAAAGCCGCUGCUAAUAAAAUGUAUGACAUAACAACAUCAUAUCUUCAAAUACACUAACAUCAUAUCUUCAAAUACACUACAACGAGCAAACAAUGUUUGUCCGCAAAACAAUGCACCUGACACAGAACUUUAGAACUCUGACGAUGGAGGGAUCUUGGCUGGUCUGCCAAUAGUUAAACAUACUCCACUAAAAUUGGGAAUCUAGGGUCACCUUGGCAAUGACUUUUCUGCAAAUAUUUACUUAUUCUUGUUAACUGUCUGCGUUCAAUGCACAUUGAUCUACAAAUCUGGAUCUAUUUAUCUUUGAACUGUUUGCUUUAUUGUCUGUCACCCAGCAAUGACAUUGAGACAUUUAUGAUAUAUUCCUGGUACUGCCUGGCCUGCGAUCACAUCUUUGGGUUUAGAGUCAGCUGAAAAACUUGAAAAUAGGACAUUUUCCUGCCUUAAAACGUGCCUUUGUUCUUGAAUUCUUUGGGAACAGCAGCGUUUGCUUCCAUUCAUAUUAUUAUUUUUUUAUGUCUGCGUGUUAUUAGCUAAGGUAUUUGUGGCAAGGCCAACAAAUUUUCUCAUCGGUUUGAGACUAAGCUUAUAGAUUGCUGAAAUCGAAAUAGUGCAACUCUUGUGUUUGAGGUGAAGCAUGUGAAAACGGACCGUCAACUUUGUUAUACGUUUUUGUCAUGUAAACUCAUGAAUGUAUGUUGUAUAGACAAUUGAGAGAAGAAAAAUGAAAUGUUCUGUGAUCAUGAAAUAUUUUCUGUAAAGAACUGUACAGUAGAUUCAAAUACAUACUUAUAAUAUGCGCCUCAUGUCAAGUGGCUUCAUGAAAAAGGCUUUAUAAUGAGUUUAUGUUUAGCUUUACACAGUAAAAAUGUGAUAUUUUUUAAAAAUCAUUCCGCGACGC